AUGACCACCGACCCAGGUCCAAGCAAGCGGAUGAUGACUACUUGCACAAAUGUCUCAGUUCAAGCGCACCACGUAUCAAGGGCGAAGCGCGGCCAGAAGCUAGGAACAGUUUUAGGCUUCCGGGGGUGCACUGUGUGGUUAACCGGGCUGUCAGGAGCAGGCAAGACUUCAAUAGCGUUCCAAGUGGAAGCCAUCUUGGUGGAGCGAGGCCUAGCGGCUUACGGCCUGGACGGAGACAAUGUUCGCACCGGACUGAACUGCAACCUGGGCUUCAGCCCGGAGGACCGCAAGGAGAACAUCCGUAGAGUUGCGGAAGUCUCAAAGCUCUUCGCGGACAGCGGUCAGAUUUGUCUCUGUAGUUUUGUCUCUCCGUUCGAGGCCGACCGCCAGAUGGCCAGGAGGAUUCACAAGGACUUUGACAUUCCGUUCUUCGAAGUGUUCGUCGACACUCCGUUGAACAUCUGCGAGGCCAGGGACACCAAGGGCUUGUAUAAAAAAGCCAGGCUGGGAACUAUCAAGGGGUUCACCGGAAUUGACCAGGAGUAUGAGAGGCCGAGCAAGCCCGAGCUGGUGGUCACUACUGUCGGCUGCUCGGUCGAAGAAUCUGCGGCUAAGAUCAUUGACCUGCUUGAGAGGGAAUUUAUUAUUCCUAGACAGAAGGAGCAGGUCGUCCAGGAGCUGUUUGUUCCUUUGGAGAGGGUUCACAAGGCUAAGCAGGAGGCUAAGUCUCUUGUGGAUGUUGAGAUAGGUCAGGUUGACCUUCAGUGGCUUCAAGUUCUUGCCGAGGGCUGGGCCAGUCCUCUUACAGGCUUCAUGAGGGAGGAUCAGUAUCUUCAGACACAACAUUUCAGGUUCCUUGUAGACCCAAACCUCGACCAAGAAGUGAACCAGUCAAUUCCAAUAGUGCUAGCGAUAACAGACCAGGACAAGCUAAAGAUAGAAGGUCACUCGGCAGUGGCUCUAAAAUUCCAGGGCCAGGCGGUGGCAAUUUUAAGAAAACCGGAGGUUUGGUCCCACCGGAAGGAAGAAAGAUGCGCGAGGCAGUUUGGAACGACGGACCCUCGUCAUCCCUACGUCAAGCUAAUUUUGGAGGGCGGGAACUGGCUGCUGGGCGGCAAUAUUGAGGUCCUGGAGCGCAUCAGGUGGAACGAUGGCUUAGAUGAGUACCGGCUAACCCCCAAUGAGAUCCGAGCUCGUCUGCGGGAGAUGAAUGCCGACGCAGUCUUCGCGUUCCAGCUGAGGAACCCUAUACACAAUGGCCACGCGAUGCUCAUGCAGGACACCAGAAAGAAGCUACUAGACCGCGGGUUCAAAAACCCUAUUCUUCUUCUGCAUCCUCUUGGAGGCUGGACUAAGGAUGAUGAUGUUCCUCUGGCUACUAGAAUCUUGCAGCACAAAGCUGUUCUGGAAGACAAGGUCUUGGAGGAAGAAGACCCAGCGGGAAUUCCUCACCCGGAUAAGAACGCCACACCCGAUGGGAAUCUCUACGACCCUACUCAUGGCGCCAGAGUCCUAACUAUGGCACGGGGCCUUGGAAAUCUUGAAAUCAUUCCGUUUAAAGUUGCUGCUUAUGAUGUUAAAAAUAAAAAAAUGGCGUUUUUUGAACUCGAGAGAAAGGAAGACUUUGAUUUUAUCUCUGGGACCAGGAUGAGAGGUUUAGCAAGAACAGGACAAAAUCCUCCAGAUGGUUUUAUGGCUCCAAAAGCUUGGCAGGUUUUAGUUAAUUAUUACCGAAAUGGAGAACGCGAUUCUUAA